GGGAUCACAGUGCCAUCUGCCAACAUGAAACAGUCGUUCACUAUUGUUAAGGCAUCUUUACACACAAAAUGUGUUUUACUUCCCGCAUCUGAUAGAAUUCUUGGCCAACCGUCGUGGAGAUAAAAGAUGACUCGUUGUAAACAGCUAUCUGAUCGCGUAGAUCCACAAAUGUCAUUGUGCGUAACUGGCGUAUACGUGGGCUCUUCAGCAAGGCUGUGUUUUGGGAUAGAGAAUCAAGGUCCGACAGAAGCACUUGUUGAAUUCCAUUUGGAUAAACGACGAGAGUUUUUCGUCACUGAUCUGUCACAGGUGAACUCGAACGCGACUUUGAAUAGCUAUUCUCUCACAAGUAUUCACAAACCGGAUCAAUGGCCAACAGAAACCGAUCCAUCGGAAGUCAGGGGUGCGCCCAUCGAGCAAGUGAUUGUUUCUCCAAAAACAAACUGGGGUGGAGUCUUACAUUUUCGUCCUUCAGAGGUGGCAGUCUAUGACUUUGCCAUGGAAAUGACAGUCAACAAAUUACCGCUGCAGUCGGCAACCGAUAUGGAAUCUGAAAGCACAGAUGGUGACAUGACAAAGUCAAUGUCGAGUGCCAACGAUGUGCUGCCAAAAAUACUCGCAGUCGGGUUGAGGCAACCAAUCGAACUGUCCCCUGAAAGCGGACGAAUCGAUUUCGUCGUCAACACAAUUUCAGCAACCACCAGGUUUUAUGAGAAGCUAUCUCAA